AUGCAGGCAUCAAGAGCGAGGUUAUUUAAGGAAUACAAAGAGGUUCAGCGAGAGAAAGUAGCCGAUCCGGAUAUUCAAUUAGUUUGUGAUGAUUCCAACAUUUUUAAAUGGACUGCUCUCAUCAAGGGGCCAUCGGAGACUCCUUUUGAGGGUGGAGUUUUCCAGCUUGUGUUUUCUGUUCCCGAACAGUAUCCUUUGCAGCCUCCGCAAGUGAGGUUCUUGACCAAAAUAUUUCACCCAAAUGUGCAUUUUAAGACAGGAGAAAUAUGCCUUGAUAUCUUGAAGAAUGCUUGGAGCCCAGCUUGGACACUUCAGUCUGUUUGUAGGGCAAUAAUUGCUUUGAUGGCCCACCCUGAACCUGACAGUCCUCUAAACUGUGAUUCAGGCAAUCUUCUACGUUCUGGUGAUAUUAGAGGUUAUCAAUCCAUGGCAAGAAUGUAUACUAGACUUGCAGCCUCGCCAAUGAAAGGAUGA